AACAGGAUUGUACAACUGUACUGUACAUAUCCAUCUGCAUUUCAUAUUCAUAACAUCAUAUGAACAUGCUCCCAUUCUCAUAGGAGGAAUUCACAAGAUAAUCCCCCAAAUUCUCACUAUAUCUAACAUGUACGCAUCUUCUUCUUCUUCUUGUGUCCCUGCACCGAAGUACAUCAAUUCCAGAACCCAAUUUCCCCAACUAUGUUUAAACUUUUUCUUGAAAAAACCCACCAAUUUCAGAUUCAGUGAACUUCAUUUUGAAGCUAAAGCUGUGAAAAAUGCAGAAGCUACGGAGAAAUCCGAAGCUAGAGAAGAAAAUAAACCAAAAUCGAAGUGGGUACGUAUUGGGUCGGAAAUGAGUGAAGCCCAGAAACAAGAUAUAGCCAAAUUGUCACCAAAAAUGAGUAAUAGAUGUAAGGCUCUUAUGAAGCAGAUAAUUUGUUUUGAUUCAGAGGAAAGUGAUUUAUCAGUUUUGUUAAAAGAAUGGGUGAAGAGUACAGUUCCAAGAAGAGCUGAUUGGCUUAUAGUUCUCAAAGAAUUGUGUGCUAUGAAUCAUCCAAUGUAUCUUCAGGUAGCAGAGCUUGCUCUACUGGAAGAGUCAUUUGAAACUAAUGUCCGUGACUACACGAAGAUAAUUCAUGCUUACGCAAUGCAAAAUCAGGUGCAGGAAGCUGAAACUAUCCUUCUAGCCAUGAAGAGAAGAGGUUUUAUGAGUGAUCAAGUGACCCUGACUGCCUUAAUUCACAUGUACAGUAAAUCUGGCAAUCUUAAGAUGGCUGAAGAAUCAUUUGAAGAGAUGAAACUACUCAGUGUACCUUUGGAUAGGAGGUCUUAUGGAUCAAUAAUUAUGGCCUAUGUUAGAGCUGGCUUGUUUGACAGAGGCGAGAAUUUACUUUGGGAAAUGGAUGGCCAACAAAAUUAUGCUGGGAAAGAAGUGUACAAAGCAUUGCUUAGAGCGUACUCAAUGACUGGUGAUUAUGCAGGAGCUCAAAGAAUAUUUGAUGCAACUCAAUUAGCUGGAAUCAUUCCUGAUGUCAAACUGUGUGCUCUCCUUAUAAAUGCCUAUGUAGUUGCAGGUCAAAGUCAUGAGGCAUGCAUUGCAUUUGAGAACAUGAUAAAGGCUGGUCUUAAACCAAAUGAUAAAUGUGUGGCUUUAAUUUUAAGUGCUUAUCAGAAAGAGAACAAAAUUAAUAAGGCAAUGGAAUUUCUGAUUGAUUUAGAGAGAAAUGGCAUCUUGCUAGAAAAAGAAGCUUCCGCAAUAUUGGCUGGGUGGUUCCGGAGUUUAGGGGUGGUGGAAGAAAUUGAGCUUCUGCUGAGAGACUAUGAAUCAUGCGAAGCUAAUUCCGAGGCUACUUCUACUUAGAGCUUAGAGCUCUAUCCUUCUUGCAUUGGUGACUACCUUCAUCUCCCCAAGACACCUACUAAUUCUGAAGGUAAUCAAGUAAAUCCAUGAUUUCCUGUCAUCCCUUAUAUCUCAUAAGCACUACAUGUGGCACCUACAUGGUUGGGGUUAAAGGAAGCAGGUUUUGAAGGCAGCAUAAGCUUUUUAUGUGUUGCAUCAUUGGCGAUAGAAUUUGACAAGAUUUGGUCCCAGAACUUUAAUAAAUUGCUAAUUUACUAGCGAAAUAUAUGUAUCCGUUGGGCAUACAUUAACCUUUUAUAACUAGGAAUCGUUAGUGUCUGUAUUUAAUACUAUUGAAGAAUGAUUCAAUAUAAUCGAUGAUGUAUAA